CAGCUUGUAUAUAAAGUGCGGUGAUCGGAAGCCUCUGACAGCUACAGCUGAGCAUCUUUGUUUACCUGUCGCCGUCUGAAGACUUGAAGCUUUCCGGAAGAGUUUGCUAACCUGAUCACAAGGCCACUUUCAUGAUGGACAUAACGAUAGUUACGCUGAAUGGGACCCACCACUCCCUGAGGGUGAACCCACAGGACACAGUGGGAUCUCUGAAGAUACUGAUCCAUGAGAAACUAGGAGUCGCCCCUCAGAGCCAGAAGCUGGUGUUCGUGAACGGCCAGAAGACCCCUCUCAGCGACGACUCACAGCCUGUCAGCUUCUACGGCCUGCAGCCGGGCUGCCAGGUGUCUCUGCUGGUGACACAGCCGGCUACCGUCCAGGUGUUCCUCACAAAUCUACAGGGGAGGACCAGCACCUAUGAUAUCAAACCUGACGAGACUGUGAACGACUUCAAGACCAAGGUCCAGCACAGAGAGGGGCUCCCUGUGAGCCAGCAGAGGCUCAUUUAUGAAGGCAGGGAGCUGAUGGGUGGUAGACUUUCAGACUACAACGUCAAGGCGCAUAGUACCAUCAACCUGAAUUCCCGUCUGAGAGGAGGCUGAGGACCCUUCUGCUUAACAUGUCAGAAAGUUAAUAAUCUGUAGCCUACAUUCUUGUUUUCAAUAUAAAUUAACUAUUUAUUUAUUAGUAGGCCUAUAUCCAUUUGAAAACUCAAUGCAUUCCUCCAUCUCUAAUUCUGUCAUAUCUUAAAAACAUGUUUCAUGUUCAAAUGUCAUACCCAGCAUGUUAUAAAUUUAUUUUUAUUCUGUGUUUAAUUUUAAUAAAGCUCCAAAUGUGAA